AUGAAAAUGUUGAUGAAAAUACUCAACAUAUUCGGUCUUCUUGCCUCCUUCGCCAAUGCCCAAGUGGAUCGAGACUGGAGUUUCCAGAGAAUGUGUGAAUUCUGGGAUGGAGGAAGUUCGUAUCGUCCGAGAUCCAAUGGAUUCAAUUCAAUCGAAGGAGACAAGUGCACAUUUGAGUUCCCAGUGGCCACUGAUUCUCGGGAAUCAGCAAAACGAUACUGUCAAGAGCAUGUCCCUUAUCAUAUCAUCGAUGGGACACCAGGGGAACGAACUAAAUGUUCAGCUGAAGCCACGUUGAUUUGUAAAAAUGAAUGGGUUCAAUUAUUUGGAAGAUGUUACAAAAUGACAAAAGAACUUAUGACGAGGGAUGUUGCAGUGGGUCAUUGUAAGAAACAGAAAGACGAUGCCACUAUUGCAUUCCUUCAUCGAGAGACUCUCCCAUUCAGAAUCUACAAUUACUUCACACGUGUUUCUCGUCUCUGGAUAGAUGCAAGUGAGACAAUUACAAAGGAUCUGAUCGAUGAGAAUGUGAAUGGAAAUCUGCUUUUGGCCAUCGAUGGAUACAUGUAUAAUCUCCCGAAUAUCGCAUUGACACGUGUUGAUUCAAGUGAAACUGCAAUGGUUCUAUGUGAAUACACACCUCCGAUGAAUCGAGCUGAGAGCAAUCAUCUUCUGAAGAAGUACGGAGAAAUCUACUAUCCGACUGUUUCCACUUCAGAAGGAGCUUUCAUUCGAACAACUAGCAGUUUGAAUCGAAUUGAUGAGGACUUAUUCAAAGAUAAUCGAUAUUGUUCGAGAGUUAUGAAUCCAUUCAUUCACAAUAGUAAUGCUCGAUCUGCGAUUCCGACGAGAGAAUUCUUGGAAGAAGUCAACAAAGUUCAGAAUGGACUCAUCAUCAGAACUGCUGCUUUCUCGAAAAGCUCCAGAAAAAGUGAGAGGAUCGGAGCUACAUGCAGUGUAAAUAAGGGCUCGAUCUAUCACGUUUUGUGGAUGGGAUCAGAUGGAAACGCGGUCUCCCAACCAAUUGAUAAGUCAUUAUGGAGAAGUAAUGAGCCGAAUGAGAUUUGUGAUGCUGGAUCAUGGAGUUCCGCAUUAGUUUCAGGACGCGACGGAAGUCCAGGACUUGAAGCAAUGUCUGAUGCUCGUUAUGCUCCAAUCUACUGUCAAAAUAUUGUGGACUCUUAUUCAUAUGGAGAUUGUCCAGCUGGAUUCACAGAAUAUUACCGAAAAAGUCUCGGCCAAAAGUGGUGUCAUCGGUUCUUCCCCGAUAAAAUGGUAAAUGAAGAUGCAGAAGCCCAUUGCCAAAAGCAUGGAGCACACUUGACAGGAUAUACGAACCAAGAAGAGUUGAAACUGUUGGCAGAUUUAAUCGGGGAUAACUAUGAAAAAUUAUACCACAAUCUGGACACAUGGAUCGGUGCAAGACGACGUUCAGAGUGUAUUACAACAGGAACUGAUAAUGAACCUGGUUAUGACAGAGAUCCAGCAUCAAAAUGUUCUCGUGUUCGAGUGUUCGAGUGGCAAAAUGGAGUUGCUCCGAAUCCUCCGGACAUUGUAUCAGAUUGGAACCACGACGGUGAACCGAACUUUGCGGAAAACAGAGAGCAAUGCUUGGCAGUGAUGAAAGGAAACAAGCUUACGGGAACACUCAAUGACGUACCCUGUACAAUGAAAUACAAUUUCAUUUGUGGAACUGAAGCUCCCAUUAUCAUUAAAUCACCAUAA